CACAAUAUACGUCUACGUCCGUAUUUGAAUUCAAAAGUUAACCUUUUCCUCGGCAGGCGUCCUAUGUACUAAUUCAUACAUAGUAUUGUUACUAAUUUACCAUUGCAAGUGCCUACAUACAACUAAACACUUUAAAUAAUGGCAAAUGUUAUUGAGACAAAUAGUAUGGAAAGCACAACGAUUUCAUACACCAAUUUGGCGCUCCUGGCUAUAGCACUAGUAUAUCCUGCCUUAGACAUAUCAAUAAAACAAUACUUUUUAAGAAUAAUCAAUAUAAUAUUGCAAAAGGUCAUGUCAUCAAAAUAUUGGAGAAUUAUGAUAUCAUUGAUUUGUAUUACAAUUUACUUUCAGAUUUUCAUCAUUUGGAAUGUAACCUUCACAAAUGUAUUUUUUUUGGUUAUACAUUUAUUUAAAAUAGUCCAAGUUGCUUUUGGAGUGAGUUUUUUCAGUCAAGUUUUAAGGUAA